AUGCGGCGUUCAACGCGGCAGAACCUCGCAUUGGCCUUGAUCUUCAUGCUGGCGGUUCGAGAUGUCUCUGCAGCAAGACAUGGGUACAAUACGGCUCAGAUGGUCUCUUCGGCGGCCAAGGGUAUGGAGCAGAAUAGAUUCUUUCACGAGUCUCUCGCUAGCAUUGAUGAGGGGGGAUCGUUCUCACUUCACACGAUGUGGGCGAAAGGGAAGGAGAACCGGCUUCUGGGUGGCCUCACAUGGACAAAUGCCACAAUCACCUUCAGCAGGAAGGGCGGGCACGGAAGGGGAGAGCGGCGGCAGACCGCCAAGUACCUGGAGGUUACUUUGAUGGACAAGACGUAUCGCAUCAUGCCAGAUGCCGUCGUAAUGACCAAGGAGCUAAAGACCAUGGCCGUUGUCGGCAUUUCAGGGUGGCAAGCCUUUGAGGGCGGCUCAUGGGGACCCAGCAAAUAUGGCAGGGACGAGAUCCUUUGGAUCCGCACAGAACAGAAUCCCAUCAUCGGUGUGACCACCAGCAGCACUCUGCCUUGGCGCUAUGCCGGCUACCCUGUCUAUCAAAAGGGUUCCGAGACGCCCUACUACUUCUACAAGGGUGUCCAGAGCACCAUCGACAUCGAAGAGGUAAACCUGGCAUCGGAUCAGACGCCUUCGGAAGUUCGUCUGGAGGUCCCGGGGCAAAGCACCGAGCCUCUGAAGGCUCCAGAUCGUGAAGUCAUGGUACUGUUGGAUGCCAUGCUGGGCCAGAGCUCUUGCCUGAACAGUCCCAGCCUCUGCGCCUACCGCUGCUACUACAACCCCGAAGAAGACAAAUGUGGGCCAGUCGCCUUUUGCACGGAAACCACCGACGGAGAGAUGCCCAGUGUUCUCGCCCCGUUUGGUGACCAGCAGAAAUGCAAAGCAAUUGGUGGCAGUAGCCAUGCGGUGGCCGACGCAGCAAUCGUGAGUGAAGCCAUCCCUGCAUUGAAAUCCAAGGCUCUGGACGUUGUCGAGAAGCUGGAAGACACGGAAGCAGUCUCCUCUUGGAAGGCCAGCCGGUCGAGCAUGCAGAAGACUGCAGAGCUUUGGGAAGAGGCCGUAAAUUUGCUCCAGGUUUUCGAGACCCUUCCUGCCAGGACAGACCCUGAAGCGGGGAAGUUCAAAGCAGCACACCGGCGAGCGAGCCAAACUGACAUGAAGCACUGGCGACAUCGCAAGGAUCGCUUAACGACAGAGCAGUACAACGCCGCGGCUGGAAAGUCCGUCGGCGAGCUCCGAGGCUCUACAAGCUUCUCUGUGGCUGCGAAGCUUCACUCCGAGCUUGUGGUUUUCAUUCUGAAGCGCCCCAGAAUCAUUAUCGAGACGGCCAAGCUCGAAUCCAAAGAGAAAUGUUUGCUCAUGGCCGAGACAGAUGCAGAGAAGAGCCAGUUGACGCUGUUCGUGAAGUACUUCAUGAAGGUGCCCGGAUACAACCGCGGAGAUCUGGAUGGCCAAGUUCUGGACAUGCCGGCGCACUGCCAAGACUACUUGAACUCACUGGGUCGUCGUUCUAUGGCAGAGCUCAGCGACGCACUGAGCGCCGCCGACGAGGCGAAGGAGCACAUGGAGACCUCCGGCGCGGCCUCCUCACUCGAGCUGAGGUCCGAGAGACUGCGCAUGGCGGUGAGUCGCGACGAGGGAACCAGCAGUGUACUGCAAACGGACUCCGGGAUUGAUGACUCUGAGUUGGCAGCACCACUUCUCCUUGCCUUUUGGUAUUCCAUCCUUGGUCUCAUGGCUCUCAUGUUGGCCAUCACCGUGCGUGUGCAUACCGGUGACGACGAUGACGCCGGGUUUAACGCUUUCAGCUGCACUAUGGCAUAUGUGCUCGGCGGCUGUACCGUUUUCUCUUCCGUGGCGAUGAACACAGAUAGUGUAGGGUACUCGAUGGCUUUCACUGCUCUCCUUUACGUUACGAUGCCCUACCUUUUUCGAAAAAAUCAACACCGACAAGGGCCCGUCACGACGACAGCUACGACAGCAGCACGUGGCAAUUCCGCCUUGUUGCAGAAGCCCGAAAGCAAGGUAUCGAAGCUGCAUUUUGCUGCCGCUCAACUAUACUUGGCGAGCUGA